AUGAUCGCGUCGCACCUCCUCGCUUACUUCUUCACCGAGCUCAGCCAUGACCAGGCGCAGAAGGUGGACAAGUACCUGUACCACAUGCGGCUCUCCGACGAGACGCUGCUGGAGGUGUCCCAGCGCUUCGAGAAGGAGAUGGAGAAGGGGCUGGGGGCAGACACCAACCCCACCGCCUCCGUGAAGAUGCUGCCCACCUUCGUCAGGUCCACCCCGGAUGGCACAGAGGACGGGGAUUUCCUGGCCCUGGACCUGGGUGGCACCAACUUCCGAGUGCUGCGGGUGAAGGUGUCGGACAACGGGCUGCGCAAGGUGGAGAUGGAGAACCAGAUCUACGCCAUCCCCGAGGAGCUCAUGAGGGGCAGCGGGGUGCAGCUUUUCGACCACAUUGCCGAGUGUUUGGCCAAUUUCCUGGACAAACUGCAAAUCAAGGACAAGAAGCUCCCCCUUGGCUUCACCUUCUCCUUCCCGUGCCACCAGACCAAGCUGGAUGAGAGCAUCCUCGUGACGUGGACGAAGGGGUUCAAGUGCAGCAGCGUGGAGGGGAGGGACGUGGUGUCCCUGCUGCGCAAGUCCAUCAAGAAGAGAGGGGACUUCGACAUUGACAUCGUGGCCGUGGUGAACGACACCGUGGGCACCAUGAUGACCUGUGGCUACGAUGACCACAACUGUGAAGUUGGCCUCAUUGUUGGAACUGGCACCAACGCCUGCUACAUGGAGGAGAUGAGGCACAUCAGCCUGGUGGAAGGGGAUGAGGGCAGGAUGUGCAUCAACAUGGAGUGGGGAGCCUUUGGGGACGAUGGGGUGCUCAACGACAUCCGCACCGAGUUCGACCGCGAGAUCGACAUGGGCUCGCUCAACCCUGGCAAACAAUUGUUUGAGAAGAUGAUCAGCGGGAUGUACAUGGGGGAGCUGGUCAGGCUCAUCCUGGUGAAGAUGGCCAAGGACGGGCUGCUGUUUGGGGGAAGGCUCACGCCAGAUCUGCUCACCACGGGCCACUUUGAGACCAGAUUUGUCUCUGCCAUUGAGAAGGAGAAGGAGGGGCUGCAGAAAGCCCACGAGAUCCUGAGCAAGCUGGGGCUGGAGCCGUCGCACGAGGACUGCGUGGCCACGCUGCGCAUCUGCCAGAUCGUGUCGACGCGCUCGGCCGCGCUCUGCGGGGCCACGCUGGCCGCCGUGCUGCGCCGCAUCCGCGACAACAAGGGCGGCGACAGGCUGCGCUCCACCGUGGGCGUGGACGGCUCUGUGUACAAGAAACACCCCCACUUUGCCCGACGCCUCCACAAGACCGUGCGGAAGCUGCUGCCAGACUGCGAGAUCCGCUUCAUCCGCUCCGAGGACGGCAGCGGCAAAGGGGCGGCCAUGGUGACAGCCGUGGCCUACAGGCUGGCUGCACAGCACCAGGCCCGCCAGAAGAUCCUGGAGCCCCUCAAGCUGAGCCACGAGCAGCUGCUGGAGGUGAAGGAAAGGAUGAGGAUAGAGAUGGAGAAGGGGCUGGGCAAGGAGACGCACGAGGAGGCGACGGUGAAAAUGCUGCCCACCUACGUGUGCUCCACUCCUGAUGGAACAGAAAAGGGAGAUUUCCUCGCCCUGGACCUGGGAGGAACCAACUUCCGCGUGCUGCUGGUGCGCGUCAGGAACGGCAUGCGGCGCGGCGUGGAGAUGCACAACAAGAUCUACUCCAUCCCCGUGGAGAUCAUGCAGGGCACGGGAGAGGAGCUCUUUGACCACAUUGUCCACUGCAUCUCUGACUUCCUGGAGUACAUGGGGAUGAAGGGCGUGUCGCUCCCGCUGGGAUUCACCUUCUCCUUCCCCUGCCAGCAGAACAACCUGGACGAGGGAAUUCUCCUGAAGUGGACAAAAGGUUUCAAGGCGACGGGCUGCGAGGGAGAGGACGUGGUGGGGCUGCUGAAGGAGGCCAUUCACAGGAGAGAGGAAUUCGACCUGGACGUGGUGGCAGUGGUCAAUGACACCGUUGGCACCAUGAUGACCUGUGGCUAUGAGGAUCCCUACUGUGAAGUUGGGCUGAUUGUUGGCACGGGCAGCAACGCCUGCUACAUGGAGGAGAUGAGGAACGUGGAGCUGGUGGAGGGGGACGAGGGCAGGAUGUGUGUCAACAUGGAGUGGGGGGCCUUCGGGGACAGCGGCUGCCUGGAUGACAUCCGGACGGAGUUCGACGUGGCGGUGGAUGAGCUGUCCCUCAACCCUGGCAAGCAGAGAUUUGAGAAGAUGAUCAGUGGGAUGUACCUGGGGGAGAUCGUCCGCAACAUCCUGAUGGACUUCACCAAGAAAGGGCUGCUCUUCCGGGGACGGAUCUCGGAGAGGCUGAAGACCAGAGGGAUCUUUGAGACCAAGUUCCUGUCCCAGAUAGAGAGCGACUGCCUGGCCCUGCUGCAGGUGCGCUCCAUCCUGCAGCACCUGGGCCUGGAGUCCACGUGCGACGACAGCAUCAUCGUCAAGGAGGUGUGCGCGGUGGUGGCGCGGCGCGCGGCCCAGCUCUGCGGCGCCGGCAUGGCCGCCGUGGUGGACAAGAUCCGCGAGAACCGCGGCCUGGACUUCCUCAAGAUCACCGUCGGCGUGGACGGCACGCUCUACAAGCUGCACCCUCACUUCUCCACGGUGCUGCAGGACACAGUGAGGGAGCUGUCCCCCAAGUGUGAAGUGACCUUCCUGCAGUCGGAGGACGGCAGCGGCAAGGGCGCCGCGCUGAUCACGGCCGUGGCCUGCCGCAUCCGCGAGGCCGGCCAGCGGUAGAGGGAAGCAGCUUUGCCCAGGAGCUUGGCUUCAGCAGAAGAAGGACGUUUCCUCACCCAGCCCCUCCCUCCCUCUCUGCACACACUCACACACCCCCUCCCCUCCGAGCAGACUCGUAGCUUUACUCGUCCUCCGAGGCACCACGGCGGGACCAGAGACGCCGUGGGCUCUGUACCAAGUGUUGUCGUAGGAGUUUCCUUGCAUGCCAUAAAACCAGCUGUCGAGUAAAGCUCACAGUGUCUUUUGGCUUCUCCCUGCAUUUCCAGGUGGAGCUGGAGCUGUCCCACCUCCGUCACACCCCCGACCACUGGCCCUCCCCUAGCAGCAGUAGGGAUAACACUCGGAUAAUUCAGACACUGCAUCGUCACUUUAACAGAACCUAUUUGUGUGUGUCGGAGCCGUAGCUGUCCGUGCUGUAGAAGCAAACCUCUAAGAUUGGGCUAAAGACCUCCACUAGGCUUUUACCCUGAUCAAGGCUGUAUUAUUUCCAUGAAAGUCAUGGUAGCUCUUCGAGCACAGGGUGCAGAGUUGCACGGGCUGCGCUGGAGGUGCCACGUGCCUCCCUUGGUGAGCAAAGCUGGAGGAGGCUGCAGGAGCCCCUGAGCAGCCCCAGCAGAGCACGUGCCUGGAAAUAAUUGGGGACUCAGGGUCUGAUCCCAUUUCCUGCCCUCUCAGCCCCACCCUGUAGGACCGUGGCGUGUGUAGGGUCGUGUUUCACCCCGGGCACCACCACCACCCCUUCCCUGGUGCAUGUGUGGGCUCCAGGAGCCUCUGCCACGGGGCUCUGCCCCCCUGCCCAGCCCCAAACCCUCGCCGUGUCUGCCCUCGGCGUGGAGAGUCUGGUUUGCUUUGUGUCUGUGAAAUAGUUCUGCGGCCGCAGCCUUUAGGUGGCACCUGGAUUUAUACACUGUAUAUUUAUGUUUUAAGAGAUCUGAUGUCUUUUUAUGUACAUAGUCUCGGGGGGGGGGAUUGUGUCACUUAGUUUUAACCUUUUCAUGUUGUUGAAGAAGAGUACAGAGUAAUUAUUUUCUUUUUUUUUCUGUCAUGUAAUUUUUUUUUUUUAAUUUAAAAUUUUCUUGGGGUAGACUGGAGAAAGAGACCCAAAUACCUGAGGACUGUUGUACAAGAGGUUUGGGCAUUCUGACUUUAUCACCAGGACAAAAGGGAAAGCAGAAAGCCAGGGUGUGCAGGAGCAGCAGGGCCCUGUGGUGAUGCUGUGGGCUUCAGGCUGGGUUUAACCUUAGGACAGGUUUUGUUUUGUCCCCAGCUGUGCCCUGGAAGGUCACAACCAUGGGGACAUGACACAACCCAGGGCCCUGCAGGUCCCCUGUGCCCUCAGCAUCACCUGUGUGCCAUGGCCCAGUGCAGGGAUCCAUUUUUUGCCAACAGAAAACUCUGGAUGAACUAAAAGCUGCAGGUCUCUGCCUCGGUGAGAGGAGGCAGACAGAGGGUGGGGGGGUUUUCUGUAAAUAUUUAGCAGAAGUUAAUGAAAUUUCAGUGAUGUACAAAAAAAAAAUAUAACUAAUAAACCCCACAAACAGCCCUUCAGAUUGGAGGAUAGAGCUUUUGUCUAUUUUUAUGUAUAUUUUUAUACUGCUUGGGGUAACCUCAUUACCAAAAGUCUCUCUUCUGUGUUGGGGGUCAAGUUCAGUAGCACAAUUUUAAAGGAAAAUUACUCUUUUGGGCAUUUUAAAUGCUUAUUUUUUUAUAAGCCUCAAGACAAUGAUAACAAAUAAAACCUGUGUAUAGAAAUGAUGUAAGAAACCAAGUUUAGUGGAAGUUUUAGAAGCUGUCAAAUAAAUCUUUGAAGGAUGAUACAGAAAUCCUCUAAUCUGGUACCAAGCAGUUUUGUGUGAUUUUUUUUUUCCUCAGAAAACCAGCAUUUUGCCUACUGAAAAAAUGAAAACAGAAAUCUUUUUAGCUGCUGCACUGUGCAGAGUUGCAUUAGUGGCUGUUUUUACUCUUAGCCAGCUGUGCCCCUUCUGAAAUCCGUAGCGUUUUCAUCUGUCAGUGAGUGAAAUUUUACACAACAGCAGUUCUGGGGGCAGAAGGGGAAGGAUGGGGAGCUGAGCAGCAGGGAAAUGAGAGGGUGAGAGGGAAAUUGGAGAUACCUGGCAGGGAGCAGGGUCACCAGAGUCCCCUCACCUGCCUGGGGUGAAGGAGGGGCUGCAGCUCCACAGGGCUGGGGAGGAUCCAUCACCCUUGGGGGUGGUGGUGGAGGAUUUUUUGGCUGGGCUUGGUCAGAGGGAUCUCCCCCAAGGCUCCCCUAAUGCAGGAAAGCUUUUGGUUAGACUCAGGAUCAAGCAGGGCCUGGGAUGUUCCCAGUUCAGAGCGCUGCAGGACAGCUGUGGGUGCAGGGCCAGGGGUUUGGGGAGCCCCUGGAGGGUUUGGGGAGCCCCUGGAGGGGUUUUGUGCUCCCUGGGCUCCCCAGGUGACCAGCCCUGCAGGUUUUGGGUGUCCAGCCCAGCUGGGAGCAGAUCCUCACGCCAUAAACGUCACCAUGGGAAGUUCUGUGAAUGUGUUUAAAAUGAAGAAGGGAAGAUUAAAUCCUAAUUACUGAUAUGAAGGGAAGAUAAAUGAUUAUCUGUGGGGACAGACAGACAGACUGCUCAGGCUGAUUUGUCUUUCCUGCAGCAAGAAGUGCUGCUUUGUGGGUUUAGGAUGGUUUUGUUUUGCUUGGUUGUUCCCAUCUGGAUGCAUUUUCUUUGCUGUCCUGGGGUGCUGGAAUGUUCUCUGGCCAUGCAGGGAGCAGAGUCUCUGCCCUUCCCUCCCUGGCAAAUCUCUCUUUCCUUGAUACUUUGGACAGGAUUUUAUGGGGCUUUUAAAAUAUAUGUAGAUCUAUAUGAACACAAUCAGCAAAUUACUGAGACUGGCAAGCAGAAUUUGCCUCUUCCCUUCCUGGAGUCCAAGGCUGGCAGGGAGAAGCUCGUGCUCAGUGGCCCCAGGGUAUCAGUGGGGCACAGAUCUCUGGCCUGGCAGCAGCUCAGGUGCAGUUUGACCCGAGAUAACUCCCUGCCUGCUCUCCCUUAUCAGGCAAUCCAAACCCAUCUGGCUGUCAGAGAGAUAAGGGGGUGAAAGGUCCAAGUGCAAGGCAGAGGUGCAAAACUGGCAAAAUGCAGCGUGCAGGGCUGGGAGGUACAAGGUAACAACAAAGCCUCACCCCAGGCCCCUCCAGACAAGGAAAAUGCUUUGGGCUGAUCAUCUGCUUGCUCUGGCACAAAAAUGGGCACUGAAGGCAAAAAGAGGCAAUUCCUGUUCUCAAGGAAAAUUUUUUUCUCUUGUGACAUCCCUGACCAGUGUGGAAUCUUUCUGGCCUGAAGCAAAGAAAAUGCAUCUCAGAGUGGGCAGGGGAGUGCUAAAGCCAAAGACUGUGUGGCUGCUGGCAGAAACCAGUGCUGUAGAUUCACCUGAUGUUGUUCUCUCGUGUUUACAAUAUUUAUUUUUAGCAAUUGACUGCAAUGAUUAUUAUAUAUAGGCCUCCUUAUUUUUGUACUUUUCAUACCGUUCUCCUGAGUGUGGUGUUGUACUGCUCAGCUCCCCUCGGCCACCACUGCUGCUCCUCAGUGACAAUAAACCAGAGAAAAACAACCACCAGCCA